UUAGGAUCCUACCAGAUUUGAUUACUGGUGCUAGCGAUCGGUGGGCCUAUGUCAGGAAUGCGGACACCUGGAGCAUGGAAAGAUUGCCCUCUCAGGGUCAAGGAGAAGAACAAAAUGCACGUGUCUUCAGCGUCGGGAUCAAUGACUACCAAUGGAGUUGUGCAAACACCAUCCUGGCUAAGUUCUAAUAUGCACAGGGAAUAUGACUACAAAAUGCACAGGGAAUAUGAAAGAGAAGAAAGGAACGACCAACACAAGAGGCCAUUUCCCCAUGCUCAGGAAAGUUCUAAUAAUGAUGGACUGGUUCUUUACCGUAUACUCUGUCCAGACAGUUUGAUUGGUAGUGUCAUAGGAAAGAAUGGCAAUGUGAUAAAUGCUAUCCGGCAACAGACAAGUGCCAAAGUCAAGGCUAUUGACCCGUACCCUGGUGCCGACAAAAGGGUUAUCUUGGUAUACUGCUACGUCAAGCAUAGAGACCUUGAUGCUGACAGUGAUGACAAUGAGCCUGUUUGUGCAGCUCAAGAUCCAUUACUUAGGGUGCACAAAGCAAUUGUUGAUAGAUUACAAAAGAAUCAUAGAGACUCUGAUAAGAAGAAUACAGAGGAAGCUAACAUUCUUGUGCCAGCUAGUCAGGCGUCAAAUGUUAUAGGAAAAUCUGGUGCUGUCAUCAAGCAUCUUCGGUCAACAUCAAGAGCAUUCAUUAAAGUGAGCCCAAAAGAUCCAAGUGAUGCUAAACAUUCAUGUGCUAUGAGUUUUGAUAAUUUUGUUCAGAUAACUGGUGGUGCUGAAGCUGUUAAAAAAGCACUGUUUGGAGUAUCUACCAUCAUCUACAAGCACCCAUCAAAAGAGAACAUUCCUCUUGAAACUUCCAUUCCUGAACCUGCUCCAAGCAUUAUAAUCCCUUCAGAACUUCCUGUCUAUCCAGCUAGUAACUUUUACUCAGCCCCAGAUGCUGCUAUACCACAUCCAAGCCUGUCUAUCUUAGGGUCAACACGUCAUGUUCCUGAACUUGCUCUACCUGCCGAUGAUCAUGGUCGACUGCCUAUUUAUCCAUCUAUUCUUCCAGUUAUUCCUACUUAUAGUGCCCCAAAAUGUUCAGGAGAACUUGAAUUUCGUGUUUUAUGCCCUGGUGGCAAAAUUGGCUUGGUUAUUGGUAGAGGUGGGGCUACCAUAAAGAAUAUAAGGCAAGAAAGUGGUGCAAGGAUAGAUGUUGAUGAUGCAAAAAAUGACAGGGAGGAAAGUAUUAUUACCAUUACAUCCACUGAGGCCACCGAUGAUGUUAAGUCUGCUGCUGUGGAAGCUGUUUUGCUGCUUCAAGCCAAGAUCAAUGAUUAUGAGGAUGAUAGAAUGAAUCUUCACCUUCUUGUCCCAAAUAAGGUUAUAGGCUGUCUUAUUGGCAGAGGUGGUUCAAUAGUCAAUGACAUGAGGAAGAAGACUAAGGCAAACAUCCUCAUUUCAAAGGGUGAGAAGCCCUGGAGAGCAUCUUCCAGUGACGAACUUGUUGAGGUAUCUGGAGAAGCAGACAAGCUGCGUGAUGCUCUUGUUCAGAUAAUUUUAAGACUUAGGGAAGAUGUUCUCAAAGAGAGUGUUGAAAGCCAAAAUUCUGACAGGGAUGGCAAGCUAACCGUUGCCACCUUUGAUUCCUUAUAUGGAGGCAGUCUUUCUUUGCCUGCAUUAUUACCUCAUAACCCACAAAUUGCCCCCUUGAGCUAUGAUAGAAGAGGUGAAUCCGAGAGAGCUCUGGAAGUUUUCCCUCGUACUAGUUCGUAUGGGUAUAGCUCCAUGCAGGUCACUGAUGAUGGCUAUGGAGGACUUCCAUCAUAUACAUCAAAGGCAUAUGAAGAACAUCUACCUCGUGUGGAAAUGACUGUCCCUGCUAGUAGCCUAUCAAAAGUAAUGGGAAAGCGUGGCACAAAUUUGGACAACAUUAGAAAGAUUUCUGGAGCUCACAUUGAAAUUAUUGAAUCAAAAUCCUCUCGUCAUGACCAUAUUGCUUACAUAUCUAGAACCUCUGAUCAGAGGCAAUCAGCUGAGAAUUUGAUUAAAGCUUUCAUAAUGUCUACCUAAGAUUCCUUCUGUGGUCUGAGAACACCAUCUCAUCAGUUUGAUCUCUUUUGACUUCUCCCAUCCGUAGAUUCCCUGAGUUUGUGAAGAACAUUGAAUGCAGUGUUUCCUCCACCUGUCCAAGUUCCCAAUCAAUAUCAUGCAUAUUUGAGCGAGGUGUACUCCAAUAGUAGACAAGGCACUCUAUGUUCCUUAGAUCUUCAACUGUUACCUAUUUGUGUUGGCAUAGUCAUCAUAAUUCGCAUGUCUUACUCUUCGUUAUCUCAAUGACCGGUCCAGUUGCUGGCUU